AUGGCAAACCACCGCACCUGGCGUCUGGUGUUUACUCUCCGGCCCAUCACGAAAGAAUGUCGACAACACUCGUACGAAGGAUCAGGUUCCGCCGAGUCCCCAUACUUGGUGCAAUGGCGCGCAGACGAUCCGUUUGACCCGCGGCAGUUCUCCCGCGGCAACAAAUGGCUCUUCAUUGUCAUUCUUUCGCUCGCGACCCUGUCCGUAGCGCUUGCAUCGUCGGCAUACACCGGCGGCGUCUCGCAGCUAGUGGACGAGUACCACGUCUCGGCCACGACGGCCCUCCUCGGCGUGUCUCUCUUUGUCGUCUGCUUCGCCAUCGGGCCGCUGCUUUGGGCGUCGGUGAGCGAAAUCUUUGGCCGGCAGCCGACCUUUUUCAUUUCCUUUGGCGCGUUUACCGUUGCCAACAUCGGCGCGGCUUGCUCCCGCAGCUUUGCGGGCCUUCUCGUCUGUCGCUUCCUGGCUGGGGCGUUUGGCUCCUCGUCCCUGGUGCACACGGGGGCUGUGCUCGCGGACUUGUUUGACGUGGAGGACCGCGCUGCUCCGUUGGGAAUAUUCACGGCGUCGCUGUUCUUUGGCCCUACGCUUGGGCCCAUCACGGGAAGCUUCCUCGGGAUGGCCUACGGUUGGAGGGGAAUUGAGUGGUUUCUCGCCAUCAUGUCCGGAUCGUUGUGGCUCGUGGGCAGUCUCAUCAUUCCAGAGACGUACUCGCCCGUUCUCCUCCGCAGACGAGCGCAGGCCUUGUCGAGGCUGGACGGCAUGGUAUACCGGAGCAAGGCCGAGAAGCCCGACACGUCGUACGCUUCCAUUGUCAAGACGGCUUGUGUGCGGCCAUGGCUGCUCCUCGUCGUGGAGCCCGUCGUCUUUCUGCUCUCGGCCUAUCUCGCCAUCGAAUACGGCAUCCUCUACCUACUGUUUGCUGCAUUCCCAAUCGUGUACCGCGACCAGCGCGGGUGGUCCGCCGGCGUCGCGACUCUGCCGUUCCUAGCCGUGCUGGUCGGGAUGCUCUUCGGCGUCGCGUACUGCAACGUGCACGACAGGCUACGCGCCAGGAGAAACAAGGACGGUACCAAGCGGGCGUUCGCGCCGGAGCAGAGACUCCAGCCCGCGACGGUGGGCGCAGUGGCCAUACCCAUAGGGCUGUUCCUCUUCGCAUGGACAAAUGCGCCGACGGUGCACUUCAUGCCCAGCGCAGUGGGUGCCGCGUUCUUUGGCUUCGGACUGGUCAACAUCUUCAUCAGCACGAGCAGCUACCUCAUCGACAGCUACUCGGUGUUUGCGGCGUCGAGCCUGGCGGCUGCGUCGGUGCUGCGGUCCGUCUUGGGGGCCGUGUUUCCCUUGUUCACGCCGGCCAUGUACGACGCGCUGGGCAUACACUGGGCCUCGUCGAUUCCGGCAUUUCUAUCGCUGGCGUGCAUCCCGAUACCGUUUCUUCUGGUGCGGUGCGGGCCGUGGCUGCGGUCGCGGUGCAAGUACAUGGUCCUGGCGGCGGAGACGGCGGCGCAGCUGCGAUGA